UUGUUUAUCUAUCUGUCAAUUUGUCUUAAAAGAAUUGCAAUGUGAAUUUUAUCACUUUUAUUUUAUUUAAUUCUUAAUAUUCUCUUAUAUUUUUUCAUAAUUAACACUAACAUUAAGCGAGACAUUGAAUUAAUAUAUUAGUUUUGUAUUUUUAAGUUUAAUAUCUAUCUAAUUUUAAUGGAGCCAGCAGAACAAAGACUUUUUCCCUUGGUUAAGUCGUUUUUGUAGUUUUUGUGCUUUUUUUUUCAUUAAACCAGGUAAAAUGGAAGAAUGCUCAAUUUCUCGAUUAAGGCUAUACUCUAAAGAAAUUAAUUUAGACGAUUUCAUUGAUUUUGCCAUACAAACAGGUGUCCUGAACAAAGACAGUUAUUGUGAAAUUUGGUCUAAGCCUGAAAAGCAUAGACUAGAUAAACUUUUCUACAAAGUUGUAGAAAAAGGUUGUAGUUACGUAAAAUUAGCUCUAGACUAUUUAAAUGAAAAAGUGCCAAAUAUAAAUGAAAUUAUCAACGAUGAAGAAAAUUUUAGGAAGUCUACUAUUAGAGGAAAUUUUCCUAAGUUACCUCCCCAUUAUGUUAAAAGGGAAUCGCUAGCGUCGGUCGUUAAACAACAUUUACAAGAAUUAACAUGGGAUCAACCAUUGGUCAUUCAUGGUAUGAUGGGAUAUGGAAAAUCCUGCCUUGUAAAUGAAGUUCUGCAUGAUAAAAUAUUAAGAAAAUGUUUUGAUAAUUAUAUUUUUUGGAUCAAUUUGGGGGAACAUCAAAAUUCGGAUAAUAUAUUGCAAACUAUGUUAAAUCUUUACACAAGAGCAUGUGAUAGCCCUAACAAAGUUUAUUGUCCGGAAGAUAUACUUGAUCUAAAAGAAAGAUUAAAGCAAUUAUUUUUGGAGUCACGUCUAAAAAAUGCUUUGUUAAUACUAGAUGAUGUGUGCAAUACUGAGGUGCUCAAAUUAUUUGAUAUAGGCUGUAGAACGGUUAUUACGACCCAAGACAAAAAUAUUUUAAGAAAUGAAGCUGUACAUCUUGUAGAGGUUAAAAGUGGAUUCUUGCUUGAGGAAGCUAUGGAACUGUUUAAAUUAUCUUUAGAUACAAAGAAAGACUUGCCUGUCGUUGCUGAAGAAGUUUACCGAACUUGCAAAGGCCAUCCCAUGCUCAUAGCUUUAAUUGGUUCUUAUUUGUCAGAAAAUAAGACAGUUUUUAGCAUGAACGAUGACCAAAUAUGGGAGUAUAUUAGAUUUAUGUUUUCAAAGGGAGAUUACAGGUUAAACGAUUUUGAUGACGACGUCAGAAUUCCCAGCGAAAAGAUCAGGACAUGCGUAGACCAACUCCUCAGUAGGAAAGAGCUAAAAUCCAGAUAUAUGGACCUGGCUAUAUUCAUGCAGGACGUGAACAUACCUCCAGAAGUCCUAAAAAUUCUUUGGAACACCACCAUAACCGACGUGAUGCACACCAUGAACAAAUUCGCACAAAAAUCUUUAGUUGUGCCAUUUUAUCAUAGCAACCAACAAAGGUUUAUUUAUGGAGUGCACGAUAUCCAUUUGAAAUACCUCAAAGAAGAAACGAAGGAUCAUAUCCAGGAAAUUCACAAGAGGCUGAUUGAUAAUUAUGAUUUGCUGAUUAAUGGGAAUUAUGCCAAAUUGCCUGAUGAUAACUACAGUUUUCAUUUUAUCGGUUAUCAUAUGUCCGAAGCUCGGGAAUUUGCGAAAUUCGAAAUGUAUUUUAAUUUGGAGUUUUUGGAAGCAAAAAUCAGGGCUGUGGGUAAAGAUGACGUCUUGACAGAUAUGGAGACAUACAGAGACUUGAUUACGGGAAAGGAUGCUGCCUUAGAUACCAAACUAAACCAUUACAAAGAAUUUAUAAGGAAACACGGUGCCAAUCUGUAUAACUUUCCUAAAACCAGUAUUAUACAAUACGCUUUGCAAGAGAAAAAAGAUUCCUGUAUUUACGACACUGCCGUAGCUUAUGCCAAGACUUCUCCCAGACUUUUCUUCAAGUUUAUUCGGUCGGUGAGUGAGGAUUUAGACGAGUUCCAGAAUAUCAACAUACGAGAUGACAUAACCUGUGCCUGUUUUGUCAAUUCUGUUAAGCAUAUCCUUCUUGGAUUCUCCAGUGGAAAAAUUAAGUUAUUUUAUGAGAGAUAUGAGAAAGAAAUAUCAAGUUUUGCUGGUCAUUCAUCACCCAUUAAAAAUUUGAUUAUUAGUCCGGAUAAAAGUCAUUUUUGUCAAUUGGUUCGGAAGGUUUGGUGAAAUUUUGGAAAUUUUCUGAUGACAGAAGAAACAGCAUAGAAUCCAUAGGAUCUCCAAAAACGACUCAAAGCAACUGGCAAGACCUCUUCAGCCCGGAUAAUGGAGAAAUUCAACCCAAGAAAGAGAUAACUCAAAAAAACGACCGUUUGGUCUCCGCGGCUUUCGCCACCUCCUUUCCCGUACCUCCUUACGCAGUCACAGGCUCCAAAAAUGGGUGCUGUGUCGUCUGGGAUUUGGAUACUGGCAAAGAAGUGUGUUCAAUCGGACCCAGAGGUUAUGAAAUUUCUUGCGUACAUCUGUCAUCGCGUGCGUCAUUUUCAGUUAUGAUGAUCUGAUCAAUAUAUACAAAUUCACAACCAAGAACAACAAGAUUGAAGCUGAGUACUCAUCAGCUUUAUACAACAAGUACAAGGUUAAGGCAUUUUUCCCUUGCAAACAGGAGAUAAUAGCGGUGAGUCACAACAAUAUCAGGCUGUGGAACGUCAAUACGAAGAAACCACAGGAUCAUAACCUCAAUUUGGAACCAGAAGAGCAGUGCUUGUGUCUGGCGCUUACUUCAGAUUUGAAUUAUCUGAUUUUUAGCACCGAGAAGGGUAAAAUAUAUUUUUGGAAUGUUCCAAAGAAGGAAACUUUUAAGGAGAUUAAAAGUAAAGGUCUAGCCAAAUCCUUGGACACAUUCUACGACGAAAACAAAACUUUUCACAUUCUGCUGAUAGGAUCGGACAAGAGAACUUUACAACAGUGCUACAUACACCCCAAUAAGGAUAGUACCGAACUGUGUUACACCAGUACGCCGCUGUUUGUGGCUCACUGGAAAAACAAUCAGCCAUUUUUUCCGUUGGUUUCCAGUCCAGAGAAUAAGAUUCAGGUUUACAGAGGAUACUCCCUUAUUUCUGAGACAGAUAAAAUAAACGUUACGAUAACUCGUCUGUGUUUAUCAGCUUGCGGAGACUACGUAAUAUAUGGCCUCUCGACCGGAGAGAUCAGAAUAUUCAACAUAAAAAACAAAACCAACACCAAACUCCCGCCAAUCGAAAACAGGGGCUCAAUCAAGUUUCUCAGCUGUUACGACAUGGACAACUACUCAACAUUGAACUUGAUAGAUAAUCUGAACAGCGCCUUAGACUUAAACGUCAACAGACAGUAUUUCUCGGGGGUGGUAGUGGCAGUUUGUGACAACAACUACCUGUCAGUCCAUAAAAACCACCAUCCACUGCUGUUGUCUUCUGUAGACAAUCCAGUUGUAUUCUCAAAAGGUGAUCAUUUUAUUU